AUGUCCCUCUACGACCCCAGCUACAGUCAGCACUGUCUCAGCUACAGUCAGCACUGUCUCAGCUACAGUCAGCACUGUCUCAGCUACAGUCAGCACUGUCUCAGCUACAGUCAGCACUGUCUCAGCUACAGUCAGCACUGUCUCAGCUACAGUCAGCACUGUCUCAGCUACAGUAGCACUGUCUCAGCUACAGUCAGCACUGUCUCAGCUACAGUCAGCACUGUCUCAGCUACAGUCAGCACUGUCUCAGCUACAGUCAGCACUGUCUCAGCUACAGUCAGCACUGUCUCAGCUACAGUCAGCACUGUCUCAGCUACAGUCAGCACUGUCCCAGCUACAGUCAGCACUGUCCCAGCUACAGUCAGCACUGUCUCAGCUACAGUCAGCACUGUCUCAGCUACAGAUGGUGAGACUUGGAAGACAGACAACUGCACUACUCAAACUUGCCACAGGGGUGUAAUUACCACGACGUUUGUGGUCUGUGAGUCUGUAGAAAAGCCUGUGUGUGAAAAUGGAUACCCACCAGUGAAAGUCUAUAACGAAUCAGGUUGCUGCUAUCACUACGAAUGUGAAUGUAUAUGCUAUGGAUGGGGAGACCCUCACUACGUCACAUUUGAUGGCCAAUAUUACAGUUUCCAGGAAAACUGCACCUACGUUUUGAUUAAAGAAAUAGUUCCUCGACAGAACUUCAGUGUCAUCAUCGACAACUACAACUGUGAUCCGUCUGGACAUGCGACCUGCCCUCAGUCUCUGAUUGUCUAUUACAAGUCCUAUACAAUUGUUCUUACGCCGAAGAGAUUAAACGUGACAACAAAUGUGGUUUACAUCAAUGGAAAUCAGAUCUUCCCGACCUUUUCUAAUGAAGACCUCAUCAUCACCAGCACUGGAGUAGAGUUACUGUUGAAGAUCCAUGCCAUUAAAGCAACAGUGAUGUUUAAGUCCCUUAUGUUCAGUGUAACCCUGCCAAACUCCCUAUUCCACAACAACACAGAGGGGCAGUGUGGUACCUGUGACAAUAACCGGAAAAACGAUUGCAAAUUACCGAAUGGUCAGAUUGACCCAUCAUGUCCUGGGAUGGCUCAUGAAUGGAAGAUUCCUGAUGAUAAAAAACCCUACUGUAAACGGCAACCUCCUACCCCACCUACCCCUACGCCUACAACCUGCCUGCCAGGAAAGACAUCAAUCUGUGACAUCAUACUUAGCCCGGUCUUUAAGCAAUGCCAUGACGUUAUCCCACGACAACCCUUCUUCGAGGCCUGUAAGUUUGAUGUCUGCCACAUGUCAAAUAUCUCAAUCGGCUGCUCCAGCCUGGAAGCCUACGCCGUGAGGUGUGCAGCAGCUGGAGUCUGUAUCGACUGGAGGAAGUCAACUAAAGGACAAUGUGAACUGACAUGCCCUAAGACCAAAGUGUAUAAGGCAUGUGGCUCUACUAUCCAGCCAACUUGCAAUUCAAGAUACAAUGAAAAAUAUGUGCAUUCAUGUCAGGGAGCACAAAGGAGCCGUGACGUUGUAUGUGACUCAUUCAUGGAGGGCUGUUUCUGCCCUGAGGGUACCAUCUUGUUCAACACAUUCUCUGACACCUGUGUUCGUGACUGUGGAUGCACAGGACCUGAUGGAAAACCCAAACAGUUUGGUGAGACUUGGUACAGUAACUGCCAGAAGUGCACGUGUAAUGCUGACACACUGAGUGUCCAGUGUGAACCAGUGAAAUGUCCGCCCCAAGAAAUUGUUACCUAUAAGAAGUACGGUGAGGUGUUGGUCAACGAGACGGUGGACUGCUGUCAGAUAAAUACAUGUGUGCCCAAACCUGUUUGUGUCCACAAUAAUACCGAAUACACGUUUGGUGAAAAUGUUCCCAAAGGCACCUGUGAGGAGUGCAAGUGUGGCCCUAAUAAGGAUCCAGUCUCCAAGCUGUAUGUUGUUGAGUGUGCCCAAAUCAACUGUAUCACCACCUGCCCAACGGGUUAUGAGUAUGAAGUCGGACCUGAGAAAUGUUGUGGAGCGUGUGUCCAGAAGGACUGUGUUGUAGUUCUCCCAGAUGCCACAUCUCACAUCAUUCAGCUUGGGAAGCUUUGGUCGCCCCCUAGUGACCGCUGUGUGAAGUAUGAAUGCACAAAGACAAACAACCAGUUCAUCGUUGUGGAAUCCAAAUUGAAAUGCCCAGUGUUCCGUCCAGAGGACUGCGUCCCUGGAACUGAGAAAACUGAUGCAAAUGGAUGUUGCACAACCUGUGAUUUAAUCAAUCACUGUGAUGUGAAGAACACCACCACCUACCUAGAGGUGAAUAACUGCAAGUCUACUGUGCCGGUGGAAAUCUCAGCCUGCGGGGGAUCCUGUGGAACAUCUUCUAUGUACUCUGCAGAGAAAAACACCUUGAUGCACUCCUGCUCCUGCUGUCAGGAGAUGUCUACCAGUGAGAGGAAGGUGGAGAUGGUCUGCCAUGACGGGAAGAAGAUAAUACAGUCCUACAUUUACAUUGAUAAGUGCGGCUGCCAUGACUCUGAGUGUGACAAGAAGAACCACUUAGAUUAGGCCUUGAAGAAUUAAGUCUUUUGAAAUGUUCUUAUUUACAUUAACUGCAUGGAAUAUUAAAUCGUUUUAUCUAAAGGGAACCAAUAGGGUCUGUCUCAUUAUCAACUGUAUGUCCUUUCUGUCUACACGAUCAUAGACAAUUAUGCAAACGUAUUAAAC